CAUGAGCCGCAUUAACCAGCCACGAGCGGAACUUCCAAGCCGUAAAGCGAAAACCUCCCGAAACUCAGCCAAACGCGGCGCCUGCGCUGUUGUCGAAAACCGAAACCGUUAAUAUAGCCCGCCCCGGGCCACCCAGCAUCAGCGGGCACAACGACAUUAUAUAACCGUGGGCACGGGCCCCCAGUUUUCAGUUUCAGUUCGAGUUAAGUUUGAGUUAUUCUGCCAUUUGCAGCUGCGCGCGCACAUUUUGCGGCUCGGACAGCGCCGGUAACGCCCACAUUUGACUAAUUAAUGCGCAGCGGGAGAAAAGAAAAGCAAAGUGUAGCUGGGAAAAUCUCGGAAAUUAUAAUAUUUAUGGCAUAAAAAGGUUUUGAGAGGUGAAUGCGUGUUAUUAAAGAAGUCAGCCGGGGCCAGAGUCACCAGAGUUUAACUCGACAGCUCAUUUGACUGCAAGCGUGAAAGUGAAAAGCAGCCGUAACAGUAACAAUAGUCGCAACAGCAUCAUCAGCAGCAGGAUACCGCUACUGGCAUCUGCCAUCUGCUAUCUGCCACGGCCACAGCCGCAGCUGUCUGGGUCUGGGUCAGUCAUGCGCGCGAUCAGUCGCUGAGGCCGUGCGGUUGCUUGGCGACCAGCGACAACAUGAUGAAGCUAUCGUCACAACAACAACAACAACAACAACAACGGCAACAACAACAGCGGGCAACACACGCACUGGCGCUGACCUUGCGCUGGCUCUGCCUGCUGCUGCUGGUGCACAACGCCGCGCAGUUUGAGACAGACUGUGGCUGUCGACCCGGACGUCGCGAGGCACGGAUUAUUGCCGGCGCUUCCACGCACGAGGGCCAAUUUCCGUGGCAGGCCUCGCUGGAGCUACUGCAUCCCUCGCUGGGCUUCCUGGGCCACUGGUGUGGUGCAGUGCUCAUUCAUCAAUACUGGAUACUCUCCGCCGCGCACUGCGUGCACAACGAUCUCUUUAAUCUGCCCAUUCCACCGCUGUGGACGGUGGUGCUGGGUGAGCAUGACCGCAAUGUGGAGACUGGCAAUGAGCAACGUAUUCCCGUUGAGAAAAUUGUGCUGCAUCAUCAGUAUCACAACUUCCGACACGAUGUUGUGCUUAUGAAGCUGUCCAAGCCCGCGGAUCUCUCACGAUCCUCCCACAUUCGACGCAUUUGUUUGCCUUUCAUGCUGCGCGAGUCACCGGAGGCACCAACGCCAACGACGGAGGAUGUUCUCAUCCAACAACUGGAGCUGGACGAUGUACCUGAGAAGAUUGACAAUUUUCUGCGCAGCGCACAGAGUCGCAGACGCUACCGCAAUGUGACAGCUCCCAGUUCCAUAGACGUGUCCAUGCGGGAGCUAAUGAAUAUGAAGAUCCUCAGUCGAUUGCGCCAGGCGCUGCGACAGUCGCAGCGCUCACCACGCAACCAGAAACGUACGCGGCGGCGCAACGACAAGCUCAUGAAGCUCAAGCUGGACUCGGAGCAGGACACACAGUUCGCCAGGGGUGGGGACUCGCACGAGAUGCCCUUCAUUGACUGUGUGGCCACGGGCUGGGGCAAGGCGAACAUCAGCGGCGAUUUGUCCAAUCAGCUGCUCAAGACGCAUGUGCCGCUGCACCAAAACGGCAGAUGCAGGGACGCCUACGGCAGCUUUGUGAAAAUUCACAGUGGUCAUUUGUGCGCUGGCCACCUCAACGGAGAGGGCGGCACCUGUGUGGGCGAUUCCGGCGGGCCUCUGCAGUGUCGCCUCUCGCGUGACGGUCCCUGGAUAUUGGCCGGAGUCACCUCCUUUGGUUCGGGCUGUGCACUUGAGAAUUUCCCAGAUGUUUACCUACGCAUAUCGUAUUACUUAAAUUGGAUUGAGGACACGAUUGCCUCACAUUAAGGCCAGUU